AUGUCUCAAUCUCAAGAAUUAAGUCGUGUAAAUCCUCCACCCGGAGUUGAUGCAAAUCAAGCAGCAAUAAGUUUAAUGGCAAUGGCUGAGACUUUUCGAUUGGCUUGUCGUUAUAAAAUGGCGAUCAAAUGUUGCAUGACAGCCCUUCGUGUCCCAACUUCUGUUGAAAUUUUUUCUCUUUGUUCUUAUGAACUGGGAAAAUUACUUUGGUUAUAUACUCGUAAUUAUAAUAUGGCCCGUCGUCAUUUGGAAGAAGCGCUUCGAACAAUGCGUCAAUUGGGUUCUUCGUUAGAAACUGAACGUCUUAAAGUUUCUACAAUGCUUGCUGAAUUGUUGUUAUCUGGAAGGCAUUUUAGGGAGUGUCUGGAGGUUUGCAAAGCAGAAUUGCCUGACUCUCCUCGUCAUCCCCAAGUUCACACAAAACUUCUUUUUAUUUAUGCUGAGGCCCAAUUACGUUUAGGGGAAUUUUCACGAGCUUUGGAAGCUGUAAAUGCUGGGAUUCAAUUUUCUGGAGGUUCUGGUGGAGUUCUUGUUGAAUGUUAUUUUAGAUUGGUUAAAUCUUUGAUUCUUUCAAUACAAAUGACUGAUCAACAAGAAUUGGGCAAAUCAGUUGGAGAAUUGGGAGAAAUUUUACAAACAGUUUAA